AAUGGAUAUUAAAAAACAGAAUUCUAGCAAAAAUGAAAUUGAUGAGGCAACGUACAAUCAGAUUGCUACAAUGUUUCAAAGACCGUCACAAGUUGAGAAAAUAGAUGAAUUACUUAAGAAAGCUGAAAGGAAAAAGGCAGCUGUAGAGGCAAUGUUAAGAACUGGUGUUCAAUCACAGCUAGAGGGUAUUCGAUCAGCUAUUUCUCAUAUGCAAGUAACCGCUGAAGAAGUUUUGCAAAUUGGAAAGAGUAUGCAAGAAAUUGGCGAAAAAUUGCAAUCUAUACCAGAAACUCGCAAUCGUUUAAGUAUGCUAUCAAAGGCAAACAGUCAACAUAGUCAAUAUGCGAUUGCUGUGGAAAAUUUUAAACAUAUUUUUAAUUUAGUGGACACAGUAGAGAAAACACACGAGUACAUUUUAGAAAAUAAACUUUUACAUGCACACAAAAAUAUUAUGGAAUUGGAGAAUGCGAGAGAUGAUUUAAUGUUUGAAGUACAUAAAUUGAACUCUGAGCGGAGGGAAUAUGACAAAAAUUUGCUCAAAAAUUAUUUUACCGAUCUUGACAAACUUGUAAAUGAUCUUGCUAAACAAGUUUGGUAUAUUUGUUCGAGAGCAUUAGAAGCCGUUCAAGGGAAUGACAGUGCACUUCAACAAUUAGUUUCAGCGUUAAGGAUUAUUGAAAGGGAAGAGAGGAUUGACACCUAUUACUUGGACCAAAGACCAGUUUCCAACGAUUUUAUGCCUCCCGGUCGACCACGGCAAUGGCGACGACAACUUUUCGAAGUAUUAGCUAAAAAUGUACGGGACAGACUAGAAGGCAAUCAAUUAGAAGAUAAGGCAAUAAAUAGGCAAUGGUUGGCAAGAUAUUUAGAAGCUUGUAGACGUAAAGUUGUUUCUGAUUUAAAACUUGUAAAAACUUGUCUUGCUGCUUGUUUUCCACCUGAUUAUAAUAUUUAUGAUCGUUAUAUUAAAUAUUAUCAUGAUAGUAUUUCUUUUCAAAUCAAAAACAUUGCAUCCAGCCCUUUAGAAAAGAAUGAGCUUGUACAACUUUUAAGUUGGAUUCAGGCAUAUCCUGGUAAGCAAAUGCUUGGUGAUCCCCAUUUGGGCAUCCAAGCACAAUCUCUUGUACAAGAACAGCCACUUUUGCCUCGUUCCACAAAAAAUCAUUUAUGUGAUCGGGAUAUGCAUGAUUGGCUUAAUAAAACAUUAAUUCAAGAGAAGGAUGAUUGGUACAAACAUGUUUUGCCUGAAACUGACAAUGAUAAACAUUAUUAUACCCAAUUACCAAGUAUUUUGUUUGGAAUGGUGGAAGACACGGUAGCUCUUUCGAAAGAAAUUUCCCAAGAUAUUAUCCCUCGUGUUAUUGAUAUUGCUGUAGAUGAAUUUGCUAUUUUUUCUGGGAAAUAUAAGGAUGCUGCAAUGGCUUAUAAAGGAAAGCAUUUUGAAGAUCGUUCUCUUUUUCAACAUUAUACAGCUACAAUUAUUGCAAUUGCUAACAAUUUGGAUAUUUGUCUUGACUCUACAGAUAAACUUGAAAAGAAUAUUCGUUUAACAAUGGAAUCUAAUGGCACUGGGGGUGCAUUAUCACCAACAGAACAAUUGGGAGAUUUAAAUGGAAAUGGGUCUCUUACUACACGUUCUACAGCUGGCGGAUUUUCUGUUGUUAAUAGACAAGAAUUAAUUGACAAAAUGGAACAAUUAAAAAAGAAAUUUGAUGUUGGAAUACAAUUUACAAUUUCUGCUCUUCUGGAAGAAGUUUUAGAAGAUAUUAUUAAACAUUUAGAGCAAAUAAUGACACGUAGUUGGUUAAUGGGAUCUAAUGAUUUGGAAACUAUUUGUAUUACAAUUGCUGAUUAUUUUAAUGAUUAUAAACAUUUACGUGGACAUAUUAGAAGUAUGUUAAUGAGAGAAUUACUUUUUAAACUUGUUGCUGAAUUUAUGAUUGGGAUUGAUGUUCGUCGAUUAACUUUCAACAAAUAUGAGGAGCGCCAUUUGGCUGUUGAACGACUAAAGACCGACGCUAAACGAAUUCAACAACUUUUUUCUAAAUUUUUCGACGAUCCCGAAUUUCAGAUGCCGGCAAUAGUUAAUAUUCUUCCUGCUAUUGGAGAAGUGUUGGAUUUAAGAGAUAAAACACUUUUGGGACUUGAAGCCUCUUCCCUUGUUCGAAAAUAUCCAGACAUUCCUGUUGAAUAUCUCACUUCUUUAAUACAAAUACGUGAAGAUAUUGGACGAGCUGAGGCUAAAAAUAUUGCUGAGGAGGCAGUCAACAAUGCUCGUUAUCACCCUAAAGGAGAUCAAGAUGCUCAAAAACUCUUUCAAAUGUCCAAACCAGGUUUAACUUCAAAAACUGGAAGAGCAUUGCCCGCACUUGAAUCAACAAUGCAUAAUAUGUUUGCCACAAUUAUAACAACUACAAAAGGGGGAAUACAGGGAAAUAACAAGUGAAUAAUUCUAUUAAAGAUUACAUACAAAUUUAUCAGGAAAAACUCUUCCCUUUUUAAAUGAUCUUUUAGGUUCCUUUGAGUUUUGGUAACAAAAGUC